AUUAUUUGACCUUCUCUAUUUAUUUCUUGCAAUCUAGUUACAACUAUAACUAUUUUAUUGGCGGAUUAAUAAAUGAGUAGGAGCUCAAGGAUGGCAGGUUGAUUAUUCCGAAAGGUUGCAAGGAUCAAGAAUGCCUUUUGGUUUUUUAUGUCGCCAUAUUUAAGAGACUUCUGAGGAAGUGACACAGUUUGAUGCGGCUAAGCUGAAAGUUGAGUUACCAUGUACACAAUAGAUGGCAUCUAUCACUUGCUAGUAGUGGCAGUACUUCUCGCCGUUUGCGAAACACAAAACAUAGAAGACAAGAAGGUGGUAUGCUAUUACACUAACUGGAGUGUCUACCGGACCAACCAGUUCGUCUUCAAGCCCACCCAGAUCAACCCUUUCCUCUGCACCCACCUCAUAUAUGCCUUCGGUGCCUUCGACAAAGAGGAUGGAGUCAAGCCCUUUGACGAGUAUCAAGAUAUAACCAAAGGUGGGUAUCGAGACGUUACGAACAUAAAAACCUUCAACAACGAAUUGAAAGUCCUGCUAGCUUUCGGUGGAUGGAGAGAAGGGUCCAAGAACUUCUCUCCGAUCGCUGCCUCUUCGGAAAGGAGGAGUGCCUUCAGUAAGAACUUGCUGAAGUACUUGAGGAACCAUCACUUCGAUGGUGUCAAUCUGGAUUGGCAGUUCCCAUCUUUCAGGGACGGAAGCCGACCCGAGGACUUGGAGAAUUAUGUGGAGCUAGUCAAGGCAAUAAAUGAAGAAUUUUCAAACGAAGUAUUUCCUUCAGAUAGAACAAAACUGAUAUUAAGCAUCACUGUACCAUCAAAAGUAGAAUACAUAGAAAAAGGAUUUGAUCUAGAGAAAAUGCAAACAUAUUGUGAUAUUAUCAACAUAGCCGCUUACGACUACCAUUUCGCUUACGAAUCCGUCGUAAACCAUCAUGCAGCUUUGUAUCCUUUACCAGAGGAAAUUGGAGAUCAUCCGAAUGCAGAACUGAAUGUAGAGUUCACUAUAAAAUAUUUAGUAGGGAAAGGAGCUACUCUGGAAAAAUAUACCCUAGGAAUACCAGUUUACGGAAGGUCUUUCAAAUUGAAGAACGCGACUUCGAGCGACUUAGGUGCCCCAGCAAAAUCUCAAGGAACAAGGCAAAGUGGAAUUAGGGCAUAUUACGAUAUUUGUACCAAUAUAAUGACAGAUAAGAAAUGGAUGGUGAACUAUCCAAACACGACAGCUAUGGGACCUUAUACUCACAAAGGAGAAGAAUGGGUCGGCUACGACGAUGAAGAAAUAGUUCGAAGGAAGGCUGAGUUCAGCGUGGAGAACGGCCUGAGCGGCAUAAUGUUCUGGACCCUGGACAACGACGACUUCCGCGGUGAGUGCAGCAGCCGCAACUACCCGAUCAUCCAGGCCGGGAGGGAAGGACUGGAGAAGGCUCUAAUUGAAAGGAACAACUCUCUGACGACGACUCCAGCUCCAGUUCCAGUCAUCAUAGAAGAAGUUGCUGUCAUCGUCAACGAUACUGAGGCUGUUGAUGGGAUCGAAAGGGAACAGAAAUCAUUAUUCAACAUUUCAAAUGUUUCCAUCAACAACAUAACCGAAUUCAGCAGAGUGAUAGAACUGGAUGACCCCUCGGAUGGUUCGGUGAACGGCCACUUGAACAGGAUAGCGCUGUCGAAGCAGAUAGUCAGCGAACUGGCCACACUGAAGCCGGACUUCAACUUGGAAGUUGCCAGCAAGUCCAACGGCAGUGUAUAUUACACCAUCAAGCUAUGGAUUGUCAAUAAUAUAUUUAAUUUUUAGUUAGCUAAUUUUAUUAUUAUUGUUUUUUUUUACAAAUAUAGUUGUAUUUUAUUA